AUGGAAAACAGCUCACAAUCAUCUACUAACCCCAUUUCUCAGGGGUGUGGCCCAAAUACCCAAAUAAAUAUACAUGUGAGCCCCACCACGGGGGGCGACUUUUACCUUUGUGUAGAUUCAGACAUUACAAUUGAGAAUCUCAAAAAACUCGUAUCAAAAAGACUCAAAGUGCCCAGAGACAGACUAUGUUUACUCUUCAGAGAUAAGCAAUUACAAGAUGGAAAUUUGGUCCAGCAUGGAAUAGCAGAUGGAUCUAGGAUUACUCUAUUACCUAAUGUGGAGACAGGACUUAUAGCACAAAGGCCGGAAAUCGGCAUAAUGCAGGCCCUCGAAUCCCUCAACGACACCCAGGUGAACGAGUUCCUGUGCGGCAAGGCGCCCCUCAACCUGAGCAUGCGCCUCGGCGACCACAUGAUGCUCAUCCAGCUGCAGCUGAGCACCGUGUCGGGCGGCAAGUCGGCCGGCCCUGUGGCCGCCCCUUCCGCUGCGGCCGCCCCCGUGCCCUCUCCCGCCCCCUCGUCGCCGGCCGGGCGGCAGGGGCUGCCCACCAGCCCGCCCAGCCUGAUGCAGGCGUCACGGAACCUGCAGCACACGCUGAGGAGGUUGUCGGCUGAUGUGUUUUCGGGGAGAGACAGGGGCCGACGGGAGAGCGUCUACUCGGGCACGUUCAGCGGCGCCCUCAAUCCCGCCCUGCAGGACCCGAAGGGCAGGCCGCGCCGCGACGUCGCCACCAUCGUGCACAUCCUCAACGACCUGCUCUGCUCGGUGCCCGAGCUGCGCAGGGCGGCGCGCCGGGGCGACGAGCCGCCCGCUCGCGCCGUAGACCCGCCCCUGGUGCCUCUGGCGCCGGCGGGCAGCGAGGACCAGAACGUGCGCACGCGCGGCAAGCUCGAGCACCUGAGGCUGGUGAUGGGCGAGCGGCGGGAGCGCAGAAGGCAGCGCAAGCAGAAGCCGUACUCGAUGCCGCAGGGCGAUAGUGACACGGUGACAGCGUGA